UCCGCCGGCGGUGCGACCCCUGCUGGCCGGGACUGGAACGUCUCUCGCCGGGCGCCCCGAGAGCGGAGUCCGGUCCGCGCUGCUUCUCCCGCCGGAGACCGCGAAUGCCUGCUAAAUCGGGAAUUCCGAAGAACAUGGAGGAGAGCCUUUAAGCUUGACCUCUGACCCCUUGGGCAGCCAUGAUGACAGAAGACCUUCAGUCUGGACUGGUCCCUGGAUCUGCUUCUCAACGUGAUCCCCGUCUGGGAGAGCCGUGUCCGGAUCCCCCUCUGAGUACAAGGCAGUGGAUUGUGGAAGGGAUCCUCCGGAGAAAUGUUUUAUUCAGCAGCGCUUUGCUAAUCAGGCUGGGCCUGACCUUUUACGGGAUCUAUCAGGACCGAACCAUGCUGGUGAAAUACACCGACAUUGAUUACCAGGUCUUCACCGACGCUGCCAGAUACGUCACAGAAGGAAAGUCCCCUUACCAGCGGGCCACCUACCGCUACACGCCGCUCCUGGCCUGGAUGUUAACUCCCAACAUUUAUGUCAGCGACUUGUUUGGCAAGAUCCUUUUUGUGACCGGGGACUUGGUGGCUGCUUUCCUGAUCUACCAGAUCUUGCUCCUCCGAGGGCUGGACAGACGGACCGCUUGCGGGUGCUGUGCCUUCUGGCUGUUCAACCCGCUUCCCAUGACCGUGUCCAGCCGAGGCAAUGCCGAGUCUCUUGUGGCCAGCUUGGUCCUGGGCACCCUCUAUUACCUGGCCAGGAGGCACCUAGUGAAGGCGGCUGUGCUUUACGGCCUCGCCGUCCAUAUGAAGAUCUACCCCGUGACUUACGCGCUGCCCUUUGUUCUCUAUUUGCAAAGCCACGCCGGAGCAGAACGGGACAAACCAAAUGGGAAGGCAGCUCGCCUUGGGCUGUCUUCGAGCUGGUUCACGCGGGAGGUCCUGCUUUUUGCCACGGUCUCCGGGGGCACCUUUGCCACCCUGGCUCUCUCCUUCUAUGCCUACUACGGCUGGGAAUUCCUGCAGCACACCUACCUCUACCACUUGGUCCGGAGAGACACCCGCCACAAUUUCUCACCUUACUUCUACCUACUGUAUUUGACGGCCGAAAGCCGCUGGAGUUUGGCCCUGGGGCUGGCUGCCUUCUUGCCCCAGUUGCUUCUGCUUCUCGCCAUCUCCUUCGUCUACUACCGAGACCUGGCCUUCUGCUGCUUCUUGCACACGGCGGUUUUCGUCAGCUUUAACAAAGUCUGCACCUCUCAGUAUUUCUUGUGGUACCUCUGCCUUCUGCCCCUGGUCCUGCCUUUUCUGCAGAUGUCCCGGGCACGGGGGGCCCUGUUGCUGGGGCUGUGGCUUCUGGGGCAGGGUCUCUGGCUGCUCCCGGCUUAUUUCCUCGAGUUUCAAGGGCAGAAUACCUUUCUGCUGCUCUGGUUGGGGGGCUUGGGGUUCCUGUCCAUCAACUGCACGAUCCUGGUUCAGAUGAUUUCUCACUACCGUCCAGAAUGCACCUCCCAAAAAAUGAAGCCGCUGUAAGUCAGCUUGCUUCUUCAGGCUACGAAGCCGUGUGGAUCUGAGCGGCAUCGAGUUGAAUAAAGUUGUUCUGAAAAGAGUUCAUGGUGGAGGAUGUGGGGGAAAAAGAGCCUAUUGUUUUUGCAGAAACUGUAAGAAGAAAAUAUAUUGAAUAUAUUUCUAAUCUCAUGAGCUUGGCUGAAGUUUGGAAACGAUGUGUAGGAGCUGAGAUCAGAGGCCUGGCUAUGCUAACACACUGGCCUUAAUCAGAAUUUGCUGAUGUGAUAGUUACUCCAGAGCAGGGGUCUUCAAACUUGGCCCUUUUAUGACUUUGUGGACUUCAAUUCCCAGAAUUCCUCAACCAGGCAUGCUGGCUGAGGAAUUC